AUGGAUGAUCACUUGAAAAUCAUCAUCGCCACUUACAAGUUUUCAAAGGAAGCCAAGUUUUGGUGGAAGUCGGUCACAAAUCAGUAUAAGAUUGAAGAGAUGAGUUGGGAUACGUUCAAGGAGUUGUUCUAUGAGAAGUAUUUCUUUGCUCCCAAGAGGUGGAAGUUAAAGGAUCAGUUUAUUAGCCUUAUCCAAGGUAAUAUGUUGGUGACGGAGUAUGAGAACAAGUUCACCUCAUUCUCUCGCUUUACUCCAGAAAUGGUGAGUAAUGAAGUUGAUAAGGUUCGGAAGUUUGUCUCUAGACUUGACUACAAGAUGAGGCCGUUAGUAACAACACAGGGCAUCAAGGUUUAUUCUAAGGCAGUGGAAAGAGCAUUGAUACUAGAGGCGGAGGCCAAAGAUAAAGAUGCAAGAAAAGAACAGUGGAAACAAAAGAGGAAUGCAGAGUCAUCUUCAGAGGGACCUUCAUAG